AUGGGAGGAAUACGGGACGACGAGAAGAGCGACGAGCGUCUCUCCGCCCAGCGCUUCGACAGUAUGGCGAGCAACACGAGUAACACGAGCAAUACGAUCGUCGGCUCUGAGGCUGGCACAACAACUGAGAAGAAGACAAAGGCGUCAGAUCGAAAUCCAUUCCCAGAACGACCGUGGCGCAAGAAGGCGACGAGCUGGGAUGCCAUCCGCAGCCAUCCCUACGCCGGCUCGGGCACCGAGAGCGAUCCGUACGUCGUCACCUGGCUGGAGGGCGACGCCGAGAACCCGCACAACUACAAGUUCGGGUAUAAGUGGGCGAUCACCAUGAUGUCGAUGACGAUGGGAAGUUCGACACUCUCGGCCGCGGUCUCCAGCAUCAAGGAGGAGUUCCCAGGCUACGAUAACAGACUAUACAUCCUCGCUAUGGGAGUCUUCGGUGCGUGUCCAUGGCUCGGACCGGUUAUCGGACCUGUUAUCGGUGGUUUUGUGUCUGCAGCGGCCGGAUGGAGGUGGGUAGCAGCGACGGCGGCCUUCUUCGCCCUGGCGGUCACAAUUCCGCAUAUUCUCUGGCUGCCGGAGACCUACGCACCCGUUAUUCUGCGCAAGAGGGCCACCGCACUCAGCAAAACGACGGGGCAGACCUACGUUUCCGAGCAUGACCUGCUGCACGAGUUCAAUCGGAAGGAACUGGUCGUCAGCCAGAUGAAGGUCCCGUGGAUCCUCCUGUUCACGGAACCAAUCGUCGCCACACUGUGCACAUACCUCGCCAUCGUCAGUGCCACGCUCUACAUGGCCUUCACCUCGUUCCCGCUCGUGUUCCAGGGUGCGCGAGGGUGGUCACCGGGUGUCGGUGCGCUGAGCUUCCUCGGCCUCGCGGUCGGAUCCAACGCCGCUAUCAUCUACCUCAUCUUCUGGGGAAAUCCCGGCUACGCCCGUCUCCUGGAACGCCAUGGCAUGCUGCCCCCCGAAGCCCGCCUCAAGCCGGCCAUCAUCGGCGCAGUGCUCAUGCCCAUCGGCCUCAUCAUCUUUGCAUGGACGUGCGUCCCCGUCCGCAUUCCCUUCAUCAUCAGCAUCCUCGCCACGAUCCCGUACGGAGCCGCCAUGGUGCUCACUUUCCUCGGAAUGAACAACUACCUCGUCGACGCAUACCUCCCGAAUGCGGCCAGUGUGCUCGCCGGAGGCACCGUCACCCGCUCCAUUGCAGGCUGCGUGCUCCCCCUCUUCACACUCGACAUGUACGACGCCCUCGGCAUAAACUGGGGCGGCACGCUCGUCGCUGGCCUGACGCUCGUCUUCGUGCCGGUCCCCUUCCUGCUCGUUCUUUAUGGGCGGCGAAUCCGCCGCCUGACGAAGCACGGCCGUGAAGCCGACGACCUCUGGGCAGAGCGCGAGGCGAAACUGGCCGCACAGCGCGGCAUCGCGACACUCGAGAACGAAGUGCCCGUUGGCGUAGAGGAGGCGAUGCUGCACCGCGCCAUGUCGAAUGUGUCCCGCAAAACGAGUGCGGAUGACGAGACCAAGGCGGAGAUGACCGACGAUGCGGGGCCCUUGCAGGACUCGGGGCCGCUGCAGCGCGCCAUGAGCCGUGCCUCGCGAUCGAGGCCGUUCGAGGAGAACAUGCUGCAUCGCGCACUGUCGCAGCACUCGUAUGUUGGCGGCGGCAGCGUCGAACCCCGCGUAGAGGCACGUAUCAGGGUUGCUGAGGAUAGGAAGGAGGACAAGGUUGGCGCUCUGUAA